CGUGGUGAAGACAGGAGCGGAAUAUCCGACUAGUACUAUUACUAGUAGUCACAUAAGUACUAUUACUAGUAGUCAAAUAAUUACUGCUAGAGAAAACUGAACACUUUUGAAUAGUUUUUACCUCCGUUUAUUACGGUUUGUUGCGCUGGUUGCAGAUUAUCCGACAUUAUGCGUUGGCCCUGAACGUAGCCUGCGUCAGAGCAAUGGCGGCCGUGAUGAAGACAGGAGCGGAAUAUCCGACUAGUACUAUUACUAGUAGUCACAUAAGUACUAUUACUAGUAGUCAAAUAAUUACUACUAGAGAAAACUGAACACUUUUGAAUAGUUUUUACCUCCGUGUGUUACGGUUUGUUGCGCUGGUUGCAGAAUAUCCGACAUUAUGCGUUGGCCCUGAACGCAGCCUGCGUCAGAGCAAUGGCGGCCGUGGUGAAGACGGCAGCAUCUCAGGUGUUUCCCGCCAUGAACGACGCGGACUGUGAGCGUCCAGACAGUUUAGAAGGUUGGGUGGCGGUGAAAAGCAACAUAUUCGAGGACGCCGAGGCCUUCAAGUUAGGUUUUAUCGUCCAGUGGAACGUCAUCGAGAGCAAGUUCGCGGUCACGUGUCACAACAGAACUUUACAAAGACGCCAAAAAGGCAAAGAAGACAAAGACAAAGAUGUUACAACAACAACAACAACAAGUUGGGCCGCACUUUUGUCCGUCAGCGACUUGAAGUUGAUCCACCAUCAGCUGACUGGUGUGGGCGACGUGUUGGCCUCGUGCUUCCCCGACUUGUCGCACUUAAAAGCCGCCAACAUUUGGGACGUCCUGGCCUCUGCCAGCACACUGGAUGAACAGGAAGUGGACGUUUGUUGCCGGAAGUUGGAGAAGUACUUCGCCGCCGCCAUUGACGUGUGCGGCACUGAGAUUGUGCUCGACACGCUCUUCUGCCAGGACGCACGUGACGUGGAGGACUACUUUGACAACAUGCACGAGUUCAAGAGCAAGACUUUGCAUGACCACAUGUCCAGGGUCAAAGGUCACCUGCGGCAGCUGCUGCAGAGUCACAGCAGUGCCGACAACAUGAUGGUGCUGCUGGUCAUCUACCAGCAAGAAGACCAGGUCUACCAGGACUUGGUCACAGUGGCCACCACCUUCUUCCAGUACCUGCUCCAGCCUUUUAGGGACAUGAGGGAGCUGGCCUGCCUCUACAAGAUGGACAUCCUGAAGAGUCUGGACUUGGAAGACCUGGGUCCUAAGAGGAUUGAAGCCCUGGAGAAGGAGGCGCAGGAGUGGAAGACCAAGGCCAAGGAUGCCGAGUCUUCUAUUCAGGAUCUUACCGUCACUUACUUUGCACAGACCUCCAAGUCUUUGCAAGGCAUGGUGAAGCAGAUGGAGGAGGACAAGUGUCGCUUUGGAGUGUCUGCCUGGGCUUCUGCUGCUCCAAGGCUGGAGAAUCUGCACUUGUUGCUGGCUAAAGAAGGCCUGCAGCACAUGAGAGCCACUGAGAUGUGUCUGAGCCGCAAGAAGGAGGCCAUCAGGAAGGAGCUGGCCAGCUUGUGUGCAAGUCUGCAGCAGCAGGCGGCUGAAGGUUCUCCUGCGUCCCAUGGAGACCAGCAGCAGGCGGCUGAAGGUUCUCCUGCGUCCCAUGGAGACCAGCAGCAGGUGGCUGAGGGUUCUCCUGCGUCCCAUGGAGACCAGCAGCAGACGGCUGAAGGUUCUCCUGCGUCCCAUGGAGACCAGCAGCAGGUGGCUGAGGGUUCUCCUGCGUCCCAUGGAGACCAGCAGCAGACGGCUGAGGGUUCUCCUGCGUCCCAUGGAGACCAGCAGCAGGUGGCUGAGGGUUCUCCUGCGUCCCAUGGAGACCAGCAGCAGGCGGCUGAAGGUUCUCCUGCGUCCCAUGGAGACCAGCAGCAGACGGCUGAGGGUUCUCCUGCGUCCCAUGGAGACCAGCAGCAGGUGGCUGAGGGUUCUCCUGCGUCCCAUGGAGACCAGCAGCAGACGGCUGAGGGUUCUCCUGCGUCCCAUGGAGACCAGCAGCAGACGGCUGUGGACAAGCUGGAGCUGCUCUUCUAUGAAACCCAGCUGGAAGUGUACAACACCAAGUUUGAGAUCCUGAAGAAGGAGGAGCAGCUGCUGGUGGCUCAGAGAGACACCCUGCGGCGUCAGAUCAGAGAGCUGAAGGAGGAGGUGGUGUACUACGACGUGUGUGAGGAUCCAGAGGAGCUGCAGAGCAUGAUCCCUCAGCAGACUGAACCUCCUGCUGUGGCUCAGCUGAGGAGACGUGUGCAGACCCUGGAGACCAAGAGAGGACACACCUGUGCCCGGCGGGCUUACCUGCGCAACAAGAAGGAGCAGUGUGUGGACGCACAUGAGCAGAAGCAGCGGGCCGCCAACACCACCUCCGUCCUCUUCACCCGCCACCAUCACGUCCACAUGAAGCGAGAGAAGAGGAAGGAGGAGGAGCAGAGGAGGAAGCAGUUUGUGGACCAGGAGAGAGAGAAGACCCUGAGCAGAUUAAAGUCCUUCAGAGAGAAGCGAGCGGGUCAGCACGUCCUGAAGACCCCUCAGUCCAGAACAUCUCGUCCCUCUCAGCCACUCUCCAUCAUCAGUCCUGGACCUCCUCCCUCCUCCCGUCCUCCUGUCCAAACACAGCCCAGACACAUCCCACCUGCACCUGGACACACCUGUACACUCCCAGCCUUCGUACCUCCUCCUCCUCCUCCUCCUCCUCCCCCUCCAGUCAGCACUUCCUGUGAGGACACACCUAUGGCGCUCAGAGACACGCCUCCUCCUCCUCCUCCUCCUCCUCCAGCCAAGAGGACACUGACACAAAACAUAGGAAGUAUGGAUGAAGUCCUGGCGUCUCUGCAGCGAGGACAGAUCCAGCUGAGGAAGACCAAGACCUCCAUGAAGUCUCCUGCUGACCCCAGAACUUCUCUGAUGUCUUCCAUCCGACAGGGAGUCACCUUGAAGAAGAUGAUCCCAGCAGGCUGCAAAGUGUUGACUAGUAACACUGACAAUGAACUGGAGCGCAGCAUCAAGGCAGCCAUGUUGAGGAUGAAGAAGGUGUCAGCUGACUCUGACCAGGAAGAUGAACACACACACAGUGAAGACUGGGACAGCUGAGACACACACACACACACACACACACACACACACACACACACACACACACACACACACAUGCACACACACACACACACACACACACACACACACACACACGCACACACACACACACGCACACACACACACACAUGCACACACACACACAUGCACACACACACACAUGCACACACACACACACAUGCACACACACACACAUGCACACACACACACACAUGCACACACGCACACACAUGCACACACGCACACACACGCACACACAUGCACACACGCACACACACACACAUGCACACACACAUGCACAUGUACAGUUAAGUCCAUAAAAGUGUGUACAUUGAUCAUGACAAUGUGGAUGUGAAAGUAAACAAUGAAGAUGUGCUUUAA